UCGUCAACAAGAGCAUUUCCAAUUCCGUCCAGUGCUCGAAGUAGCAGCACUGCUGAUAGUACACUAGUAAAUAGUGCCAUCAGAGGGGAUGCCAUUGCCGGCAACAGUCCAUACACACAGCAGCUGAAUAGCCAGAGUGAAAUAGCUAAACAGAGGUCUCCUGUUUCACAGAGUUAUACCACAACAACAAAUAUACUUAAAGAUUCUCAUAGCAAUUUAGACACCUAUAACCAGAACUUGCUUUCAUCAGCAAAUAAUAAGUUUCCCAAGUCAUCCACUUACACGUUACAAAAUAACUCUGCUAUACUUCCUGGAAGUGGGCACAAAAGCGGAAAUAGAUCUUCUUCGGCUUCAUCACCAAGAAGUGAACAUUCAGUUGUUGAAGAUUAUAUUACAACGGUAAACAAGGCUGCUACAGUAAUUCAGCAAGCUUAUAGGACGUAUUCACAGAAAUUACACAUGGAUAGUGAGGAGGAAAUCAGAAAACUUUUAUUGCAUAAGAAAAUGGAAAAGGAAGAGCAAAUGAGGAAGGAAGGGGCUGGUAUGGAUAAUCUUUUAGAUCAACAAAAAAGAGUUGAAGCAGAAAGAAAGAGAAGUCGUGAAGAGAGGGCGAGGCAGGCCAGGCAGAAUGCAAUACAGGAACUGCAACAAAAGAGGGAAGCCAAAAGGUAUGAUGUCAAAGAAAAAGCAGAACAGGAAAUGUCAUAUUUACAAGCGAGUGGUAAAGUUACUAAGAAACCAUCCAUGGGGAAGUUUCACAAUAAACCACGCGCAGGUAGUGCAAGUGGCAAUAGUGGAGCAAAGAGGAAAACUAAAAUAAAUACUAAGCUACAUUUUGAUAGUGAGUCAGAAGCAGAUUCCCAGCCGGCAUCUCAUAGACCUGCUACUGCAAGUAGUGUUGGAAGAAGGGUGGAUGAAAUAUUUGAGGUAAU